AGGCGGCGCGGCUGCGGUGGCGGCGCUGGCGGGCCCGGUCCAUGGCGCCCGAGCCGCCGGCCGGCUCCAGGGACGUGGUGCGCGUGGCGCUCAAGCUGCCCGAGGGCAUGGGCGGCGGGGAGCGCAUACGGCGGGCCUUCGCGGCGGGCACGACGCUCGAGGAGCUGUACGCCUUUGUCGAGUGCUACGACGUGGUGGCGCAGCGCGGGGACGACGACGACGAUGUCGUCGAGGCGCCGCCCGAGGGCUACGUGCACGACUACCGGUUCCGGAUCGCGGCGGUGAUGCCGCGCGAGGUGUUUGAGCCGACGGCGGGGGCGACGGUGCUGGAUAAGAUUGGCAGGUCGGGGAAUCUUGUCGUCGAGAUGGUUGUGCCUGAGGAGGAGGAGGAUGAGGAGGAGGAGGAGGAGAAGGAGGAGAAGGUGGAUGGUGCGGAGGGAGUUGAUGUAUAA